AUGCAUCUGGACUCUUCUCAUGCCGUGCUCGACGCCAAGUUCUGGCUGGCCCUUGGGAGAACAUCCGAACACUUGUCUGGCUCUCGCGCGAGAGCUUUAAAAUUGAGCGUCGGGCUCAUUGUGCCUCUUGAGGCUUGGGAGUAUUCUCUGGCAUACCUCAAAGGCAUCAUCCGGGCUGAUAUGAGGCGUCCGACGCUGACUCCCGGUCCGUUUUCUGGCGAUCUGAACCAGUAUCCGGACAUCUUCGAAGAGAUGGUCAACUUCCAGAUGAAUGUCGUCGUCCUCUUCCUGUUGGCUAUCGAGUUGAUCCCUCUCUUUUAUUUCGGCUUGGAGCUGUCGAUUUUGCGCUUCCAGCCUCUGGUUUUCUUCUUGUAG